UCUGUCUGUCUGUCUGAUAGCACAUGUGUACUGUUUUGAUUUUGUAUUUUGACGCGAAAAAUGUCUUUGCAGGCUGCUCAAAAUUCAUUUUGUUUAAUAGUAAAUUCUCUAAGUGAAGAGGAUCGUUCGAAAUUCUUGUCAUGGUGUAAAGAACAAUUUUCCAUAGGUGCUACGCAUGAAUACAAGGAGGCAUAUUUUGAUCUUCGAACUAUAGCUGAAGAUAUAAAAGCAUUGAUUCCUCUUGAAGCAAUUCUUCCUUCCGAAAAAGUUAUGCAUGAAAACAUAUGCAAUGUAAGAAUCCUUUUAAAAAGCACCUUGAAAUGUUUCUUGGAGAUUCAUAUGCAGAUAGCCAUUACUGCUUUGCCUUGUCUUAAUAACCAACCAAUUAAAAAAUAUAAACCAGAGGAUAUUAACAAACCAGUAAUUCAUGUAGACAGCUUUUUAUUUGAAGAUGAUCAAAUUGAUGAUUUGGUAGAAGAAGGAAAAUUAAGCAGAAAUUAUUGCAGGAAUUGUGGCUCCCUAAAUGUCACUCCUAUAACAUUUGUUUCCCACUCAGCAUCAGUCCAAAGGUCAGAAUUUAUAUUUCGAUACAUCUUACCAGAUCUAAAAGAUAAAGUCGUUCUUGAUGUUGGUUCUAGACUAGGAGCUUUGCUUUAUGGGGCUUAUUAUUACAGUUCAGCUAGCAAAAUUAUUGGAGUGGAAAUCAAUGAAGAUUUAUGCAAAUUACAGAAUCAUAUCAUAGGCAAAUAUAGCUUAGGUAACAGAAUAGAGGUUAUCCAUAAUGAUAUUUGUAACAUUCCAGAAGUAGUUCAAGCAGCGAAUGUAAUCUUAUUAAAUAAUCCAUUUGAAUGUUUCUUGCAAAAGAAUGAACAAAUUAAAAUCUGGACAUGGUUAAGAAAUGCUAUGAAAUCUGGUACAAUGCUUGUAACAGUUCCUAGUCUGGAAGAAACUUUUAGCAAUUUACAAGUUAAUCUUGAUGUUUCUUGGAUGAGAAAAAUGCAUAUUGAUCCAGACAGCAUCAAAAUGGAUGAUAUAGACCUGCUUUCUGAAAUUUGUUUGUAUGUUGUUAUAUGAUUUUAUGUUGCAGUUAUAUCAGCAAUAAAAAUAAAUACAUUAUUUAAUUUUA